AGGCAUGCCACUACUACCUCCCUCCCCAAAGUCUCUUCCAGAUCUUUCUCAUCUGUUCCCCUCACCCUGAAAGCCCUGCGACUGACUGGCGACGCGACUUCCUCACCUUCGUGUCGACUACCCUCAUUGCAUCGGCAUCGGGUCCUCAGCUCCCGCUUUGCAUCCUUUUCUCGUCGACUAAACCUUGCAAUGUUGUGCUAGCCAGUCUUUUGUCACUCGUUCAUUCUCACACAGAUAUUGCUGUUGUCGUUCUUUACCAACCUUCCCUUCAUCUUGCUUUUUUGUACGCCCACUCCAAGCGAGUGUUUGCUUUCUUAAUUUUACCCUCUUCUCGUUUACCCCCUCAUCAACAAACCACAUAUUGAUGUGCCCAGUGUCCAAUAACCGACCACACCAUUCAGAACCAUGGACUACGCCAUGUCGGAUCAGUCUGACUCUCAUCGCAGGCGCCAGCCAUUGACCGACGCAUCCAGCAGAAUCAAUCAUGCCAAAGCGGCCAAUACCGAAACACCUCGUGUACGUGUUGAGCACAGGGACCAUCUGAAGACUCCAGACCGUAUGUCCGUCGGCACGAGUUCGACUCCUCGAGACAACAAAGAGAAUCAACGGUUAUCUGUAGCCACGGAUUUCCAACCCGAGUCUGCCCGCAACUCGGUGAUGUCUGCUGCGUCAAUACUCUCCAACAAGGGCAAGAGAAAGACCCAUGUGGGACCAUGGCAAUUGGGUCGAACCUUGGGCAAAGGUGCCACCGGACGCGUUAGGCUCGCCAAACAUGCCUUGACAGGACAGACUGCGGCCAUCAAGAUCGUCUCCAAAAAGUCGGCUGCCAUGGUGCAAAGCGAAAGUAUUGCAGCAAUGGACCGGACUGCAAGCACCUUUACGGGAGCUUCAAAUGCUCGACAAAUGCCCUGUGGUAUUGAGAGAGAAGUGGUCAUCAUGAAGUUGAUUGAGCAUCCCAAUGUAAUCAGCUUGUAUGAUGUCUGGGAGAAUCGUGGCGAGUUGUAUCUCGUUUUAGAGUAUGUGGAAGGUGGUGAGCUUUUCGAUUAUGUCUCCAACAAUGGACCUCUACCGGAAGAAGAGGCCGUGCGUGUGUUCCGCCAAAUUAUUGCUGGGCUAGGGUACUGCCAUCGAUUCAACAUUUGCCACCGUGAUUUGAAGCCUGAAAAUAUCCUUCUUGAUGGCAAUCACAACGUCAAAAUCGCCGAUUUCGGUAUGGCUGCGCUCCAGCCAGCAGGACACUGGUUGAAUACAUCUUGUGGAAGCCCCCACUACGCUGCACCAGAGAUUAUUUACGGGCGCAAAUAUCGUGGUGACCGGGCUGAUAUGUGGAGUUGUGGAAUCAUUCUAUACGCUCUACUGACCGGCUAUCUUCCAUUUGAUGGUGGCGAUCUUGCCAAUACGCUGCGACUAGUGAAGAAGGGUGACUAUAUGAUCCCUCCCGAGCUGAGUGACGAGGCUGCAGACCUUAUCCAGCAGAUUCUACAAAAACGGCCAGAGGAUCGCAUUCCAAUGCACGAGAUCUGGCUGCACCCACUGCUCACCAAGUACGAGAAGCUUCACAAUGCGAUGGCUGACUACUACAUUGGACCUCCUCCCCCUUUGUCCAUCAAGGACUGUGGAGACCCAGUAACUUCUCGCCAAGACGUCGACUUUGACAUUCUGCGAAAUCUCCAGACAUUGUGGCAUAAUGUUAACCCGGAUACAUUGAUUGAUCGAAUGAUGAGUCUCGAACCAACCCACGAGCGAAUGUUCUACAAUGCUCUCGUCAAGUUCCGGGAUGAACAGCUGGAAAACUACCAGGGUCAGCCUUUGGAGUAUUCGGCAAGUGAUUACCAUCACAUCUCUCGUCCAGGAGACAGAGUCCGCCGGGGACGGAGUUCUUCUAAGAGACGAUCUCAAGUUUCCGCGGUCAAGGAACUUCAUCGCCGGAUGAGCGCAGCAAAGGAGCCCAAAUCCAGUGCAAGCAUCGAGAGCUACGAUCCUUACAGAUCACCCAAGGUUAGAACUCCUGCGAAGGAGGUGCAGUUUGCACAUAUCACGAUCCACAAAGCCUCCGAGGUUGCAGAGCAAGGGCAAGUCACUCCUGCUGCGAAGCCUCCACCGUCUAUUGUCGAGGAGGAAGAGCCAGAGGAUAUACAUGAUGUGACGCCAUCACCGUUCACUGUCCUUCAAAAGCGCAAGCACAAGCCGAACUCGAUGAAGUCAUUCCAGUCAUCGAAAGUACCUCAUUCUAGUUCGCGAUACCUUGGGUUGUCCACUCGAUCAACCAGCUAUCGGCGUAAUGUUUCGUUCCAUCACGUACGGAACAGAUCCCAAGGAUCUACCAAACCGAAGCGCAGAAGGACCGGCACAAACCAGCACUCUGACCUCAAACGUUCGCCUAGUGCAGCCAGCUUGAAAAUGAUCGCAGAUGAUCUCGUCGUACUGGAUAUUCCGAGCAGUCCUCCUCUUCCAGCUCAGCCAACUGUUGUCCGGCCUAGCAGUGCUAAGGCUAGGAACCUCGCCCGUGAGAGAAAGGUUCACCAGUCCGACAUGAUCUGGACAGAGGAUGCUCGCAAGGUAUCAAAUGAGCUCGGCAAGAUCUGUGAAGAAGCAUUCAAUGGUAGCUCCCUUACGACGAUGCGUGUUUCUAGCUCUGCCACAGGUUACGAAACACCGGGAACACCUGUAUCAGUUUCGAGUCCACAACAGCGAACAGUACUGCCGGUGACGGACACAGUGGCAGUUCCAAAGGAAGUAAUGAAUGAGCCUGGUCGAUCCUACAGUAUCCAAGAGCUAACCGAGACACGUCGGAAGCUGGUUGAGCACAGUAAGGGAUGCAGUGACAAUAUCCCGGCGUAUUUAUCUGGGGUCAUUGGUCACCUCGACCGCUUGAUUGAAGAGGACCCGGGCCAUGGUCAAUCACAACGCAAGAUGGAGGAAAGCACGUCGACCCUUGUGGAUCCUUUCAGCGGAGGAACCGAAGAUACCUCCCUGCCCGUGAUUAAUGAGGAAUUCGCCAGUCCCGUCCGUGCCCCCAGCGAAUACAGUCCCAUGCCGAAGCCCCAGACGAAGGCGCGAGCAUCCGUUCCCACGAGCCGUGCCAAUGAUGCCAAAACAACCAUCCGAAUGGUUCCCCAUAGCUCGCUACGAUCCAUUGAAGAAGUCAAGCCAUUGAUGAUUCGCAAGAAAGUCCAAAUUAGUGAUUCGGAUGUUGUCAAUAGCGAUUCCGCAGAGGCCUCACGCAACUUCUCCCUGAGUUCCCGUCAAAGUCGCCCCCUUGGCGGGCUGGAUCCAAUUGAGGAAGUCCCAGUAUCCCCGAGAAGAACAACUGACAAUAGAAAGUGGUCAUGGUUCAAGCACCGCUCGCAGGUCCAUGACAAUCCGCCAUCUCUGCCGGUCAUGGACACGAAGCCCAUUAUUUCGGAGAAGGGCUCAAUGAUCGUUAAUCCGCCACAGGACCUUUCCCAGCCAGAUUCACCCAUGCCUAUCAUGUGUCCUGAUGAGCAGAGAGUACCGACUCGCAAGUUGUCGAUGGAUCGCUUCGGUGGCGGCUUCUUCAAGAAGCUCAUGCCAAAGAAGUCCAACAAGUCCCUCUCUUCCCAAAAGACGGGUAUGUUCAGCUGUCUCCCACAUCGGCACAACUUGCUGACGACCCAUGAAGACAUGGAGAAGCCCAGGCCAAAGGAUAUUCGAAAUUCUAAAAUGCUCUGCAACGUGCUCCCGGACCCGGAGAGCUCCGUCGACUCGGUCAACGACAUCAAUUCCCCUCGAAACAAACGUCUCUCGGUUGCCAAUCAAAACUGGUUUGCUCGGGUAUUCCAAAUUAAGCCAGCGUGUCGAGUGAUCGCCUUGAAUGCCUCUAAACUCAAAGGUCGCAAGGAGGUGUAUAAGAUGUUGCGUGAGUGGAAGGAGUAUGGAAUGGAAAACGUGCACAUGGACAAGAGUAACAGUGUUGUCCAUGGUCGAGUCAGUGAGGUCAACUUCCUUCGCCUUCGGGAGGUUGAGUUCGUCGCAGAAUUCUACACCGUGCUUGAACAUGGGCGCCAAGCCAACCUUAGCCUUGUACGAUUCAAGCAGGAACGUGGCGCUGCAUCGUCUUUCAACAAGGUGGUCGACACCGUUUACAUGAUGUUGAAGAGCCGUGGCUUAGUUGUCGAGGACCCUGUCCGAGCAAAGAAGAUGGCGCGCGUUCUAGACAUUGUCCCCUCUUCCCCUUGAUCCCCCCAUGCAUACCUGAUCUAAGCCAGUUCUUCUCCUCACUUUACUACCCAGUCUCGCGGUAACACCUCUCGCAUUGCUGCGUUCCAGCCCUGCAAAAGCUUUCACCAGAUCUCUUGUUUGAUUUUACCGUCUACAUUCAAAUACUCACUCACACUCGCUUGCAUUUCAUUUUCCAACAUACCAAUUCCUCCGUCGAGCCUGGUCCUGCUCGGCAAGUCAGAACCUUCCGUUCAUUCUCUCCUUCAUACCUUUGUUGUGCUUGAUUCGUUUGUUGCUGCUAUUGGUUCCAACUUCUACACGUUCCCUGUUUCGAAAACCACAUCAUCCCCUUCUAUGCAUUUCGCAUCUCAGUCUUCCCCAUUGCACCCUUGUGAACUUGCGUUUCCGUUGCCUUUCUCCUACAUGCUCAUCUAGUCAGACACCUCUAUGUAAUUCAUAAUCGC